AUGCAAAUUAUUAAGCUCUUCAAUAAAUCUUAUGAUGUACCAUCCGGGAUAAUUAGUUCCAGAUUCCUUACUAAAAAUGGAAGGAAAAUUACUCUAAUCCUAUCUGAUUCAAAACUUUAUCGAAUUGUAAAAUUUUACAAAAUUAUUUAAAGUCUGACAAAGGUGUAAAAAUGGUUUCUCUAAGCAGCCAUCUUCGUUUUUAAAUUAAAUCAAACAGAUAACAGAAUUACCUAAUGUUAGAAACUGACUUAUUAUCUAAACCGAUAGAAUAUUAAUUUAUUGAAUAACCAGGGAUGUGGGAAAUAUUUCUAAAAUAGAAAUUACCACUAAUGGAUUACCAAAAAUAUUAUGAAAUCGAAAAAUUAAUUGGUAGUGGUAGUUUCGCCAGUGUUUAUAUUGGAAAAUCAAAGGCCGACGGUACCAAAGUUGCAAUUAAAGCAUUUCUUAAAAAAAUGCUCAUGUUACAAGAUCCAACUUUAUGGAGAGUAAUAAUAUGAUUUAUGGUAGGAACAAAUUGACAAUGAAGUAAAAGUAAUGAAAUAUAUGAAUCAUCAAAAUAUAUUAAAAUUGUAUGAUGUUUUUGAGAACAAAGCUCAAAUUUACUUAAUCACUGAAUUAUGUAGAGGUGGUAACUUGGAUUAAGCAAUAAAAAAGUUAGAAGAACCAUUGCCAUUUCUAACUGUGAAAGUAAUUUUUCGAUAAAUUGUCGAAGGAAUCAAAUAUAUGCAUGAUAUAGGUAUAAAAAUAAGAGAAUGAAAGGUUUGAUGCAUAGAGACAUAAAACCAGGGAAUAUUCUUUUUAGAAAACCUGUUUCCCUUAAAUAAUUUGGUUUAUCAGCCUAAGACAGCCCAUUAAUCAGCGAUUUUGGAGUUUCUUCCACAAUUUAAAAAUAACUUAAUGUUUACUAAUUUUGUGGCUCCUAUGGGUAUAUGGCACCAGAGAUCUUUAUAUGCGAGGAGGACAAAUCUAAAUCAUAUAAUGAGAAAUGUGACAUUUUUAGUUUAGGAUGUUUACUUUAUGAAUUGUAUAAAAUUUAAUUUAUUAGAACUACUACAAAACCACUCUUUUCAGGCAAUAAUUUAAAGUAAUUAAAUAAGGAAUGUAACAUAAAUAUGAAUAAAUUGCUAGACGAUUGUUUCGGAAAUAGAUAAUGUAAAUCAAUUUUAUUAGUUUUAGUAAUAAAUCUACUUAUGAAAAUGUUGAAUCCAAAACCUGACCAAAGGAUUUCGUGUUCGGAAGUGUUAAAUCAUCCUGUUAUGCAAGUUGAAUACGAUGAAUAAGGAUGCCCAUUAUUCAAGGAUUAUAAGAAACCUGUUGCUUUAUCCAUAUAAAAACCCAGAGCAUCCUUAAAAUCCAAAAGCAAUGCCAUCUUGCCAUAAACAUCAAGGAGAAAUGAGACACAAUCAUUUAAACGAUUAUCCUAAGUACUACCACCAAUUAAAAGAUUAAGCACCGAAGUGCAUAAUUGA